AGCUAGAAAGUUAGCUAAUGGCUGGGGGAAAGAGAUCCUCCUCAACCCUCGCUUUGGGAGAGUUUCAGGAUUUCCUGAAGUAAAAACACCAGACUGUUCCACAAGAGAUACCCCUAAAGGAAGUUAAGGUCAACAAUAAGAACGCUAUUAUACGUAUUGUCAAUAUAAGUAUGCAGGAUGCAGUAGCCGGGACGAGAAUGCUGACGGACGGCUUCGAGGACGAGAUUGACUCGGUGACUCCUCGCACCCCAGCGGUAGGGAUGGGGGUCGGAGGAACACCAGGAGUCGGACUCCGGGGCAUAGGGAUUGGUGUGGGCGGAAAGAAAGUACGAUUGUUCGGCGAGCCAAGUGGGCCUCCUACAGACAGACUGGAUUUCAAACUGGCUGCUGCUGCAGUACUUUCCUCUGGUCCCGGAUCCAACAGUGACGAAGACGAGGUAUCAGAGGUGGAGUCAUUUAUCUUGGACCAGGAGGACUUGGAGAACCCCAUCAUGAAGACAGCCUCGGAGCUGCUUUUGUCCAGCGCCACAGACGGAGUGGACCUCCGCACUGUCGACCCAGAGACACAGGCCCGCCUCGAGGCCCUGCUAGAGGCUGCAGGCAUUGGUAAACUUUCAACUGCGGAUGGUAAAGCGUUUGCAGAUCCCGAGGUGCUGCGGAGGCUGACGUCGUCAGUGAGCUGUGCCCUGGACGAGGCGGCUGCCGCCCUGACGCGCAUGAGAGCAGAGAACACACUCAACGCUGGCCAGGCCGACAAUCUGGUUAUUUUCAGCCGGAGUCUAGCUGAGGCGUGUUCGGACGGAGACGUGAACGCCGUGAGGAAGCUGCUAGACGAGGGGCGGAGCGUCAACGAACACACUGAGGAAGGAGAGAGUCUUCUCUGCCUCGCCUGCUCUGCUGGAUACUAUGAACUCGCACAGGUGCUGCUGGCCAUGCAUGCCAACGUGGAGGACCGGGGGAUUAAAGGUGACAUCACGCCCCUGAUGGCGGCGGCGAGCGGCGGUUACGUCGACAUCGUCAAGCUGCUCCUGGUCCACGGGGCUGACGCCAACGCACAGUCCUCCACCGGUAACACAGCCCUGACGUACGGUCUCUCUCCCUCUGUAGGUAACACAGCCCUGACGUACGCCUGUGCUGGGGGGUUCGUAGAUGUGGUGAAGGUUCUCCUAAAGGAGGGGGCCAACAUCGAGGACCACAACGAGAACGGACACACCCCUCUAAUGGAGGGGGCGAGCGCGGGCCACGUGGAGGUGGCCAGGGUUCUGCUGGAGUACGGCGCCGGGAUCAACACACACUCCAACGAGUUCAAGGAGAGCGCCCUCACACUCGCCUGCUACAAAGGUCAUCUGGACAUGGUAAGGUUUCUGCUGGAAGCCGGGGCAGAUCAGGAGCAUAAGACGGAUGAGAUGCACACAGCGCUGAUGGAAGCCUGCAUGUCCCAGGAUGGGCAUGUGGAGGUGGCACGGCUGCUGUUGGACAGCGGGGCGCAGGUCAACAUGCCAGCUGACUCCUUCGAGUCGCCCCUCACCCUGGCAGCCUGCGGCGGGCAUGUAGAUCUAGCAGCUCUGCUCAUAGAGAGAGGGGCCAACCUAGAGGAGGUGAAUGAUGAAGGUUACACCCCUCUGAUGGAGGCAGCUAGAGAAGGUCAUGAAGAGAUGGUGGCCCUGCUACUGGCUCAGGGUGCGAACAUCAACGCCCAGACGGAGGAGACGCAGGAGACAGCCUUGACGCUGUCCUGCUGUGGAGGGUUCCUGGAGGUGGCGGACUUCCUCAUCAAGGCCGGGGCCGACAUCGAGCUGGGCUGCUCCACUCCUCUCAUGGAGGCUGCACAGGAGGGACACCUGGAGCUGGUCAAAUACCUCCUGGCUGCAGGGGCGAACGUGCACGCUACCACGGCGACGGGAGACACAGCGCUGACGUACGCGUGUGAGAACGGACACACUGACGUGGCCGACGUUCUACUGCAGACUGGAGCCGAUCUGGAGCAUGAGUCUGAGGGAGGGAGGACACCCCUGAUGAAGGCAGCCAGAGCAGGACACCUCUGCACCGUGCAGUUCCUCAUCAGCAAGGGUGCUAAUGUGAACAGAGCGACAGCUAACAAGGACCACACGGUGGUGUCUCUGGCCUGCGCUGGAGGACACCUGGCUGUGGUAGAGCUGCUGCUGGCGCACGGAGCUGACCCUACACACAGACUGAAGGACGGCUCGACGAUGCUGAUUGAAGCUGCGAAGGGUGGCCACACCAACGUGGUGUCCUACCUGCUAGACUUCCCUAACAACAUCCUGUCUGUCCACGCGCCCGACCUCUGCCAACUCACACCCCCCUCACAAGACCCCUCUCAGGUUCCUCGUGUCCCAUUCCAGGCCUUGGCCAUGGUGGUUCCCCCCCAGGAGCCAGACAGAACCCCCUCCAACAUCACCACGUCCCCACCACCCGUCUCCAGCAAAGGUUCGUCCAAGCAGAGACAGGCUGCCCUCACUCCCAGCCCUUCCAGUCCAGGGGGGGUGCGUCCCGGCCCGGGGCCCGGGGAUGCAGAGGCCUUGCCCCCCUUCCACCUGUGCCAGCCCCUGGAGUGUAUCGUGGAGGAGACAGAGGGGAAGCUUAAUGAGCUGGGCCAGAGGAUCUCAGCCAUAGAGAAGGCCCAGCUGCAGUCUCUGGAACUCAUUCAGGGAGAGCCGCUCACCAAAGACAAGAUCGAAGAGCUGAAGAAGAGCCGGGAGGAGCAGGUCCAGAAGAAGAAGAAGAUCCUGAAGGAGCUGCAGAAGGUGGAGCGCCAGCUGCAGUUGAAGACCCAGCAGCAGUUCACCAAAGAGUACAUGGAGGCCAAGGGCCUGAAGGAAGAGCAGGAGGCAGGCCAGGGUUCGGGGCCAGGGCCGGGGGAAGGGGCCAACACUACCAUGCCUGGGGCCCUCACAGCAUCACCAGGGGUUAACGUGCACACACAGCCUGGGUCGGAUACAGGGUCUGACGAGGAGGAGAACAGAGAGGAGGAAGAAGAGGAUGAUGAGGAUGAAGAUGAUGAAGACGAUGAAGUGGAAGGAGAGGAGGAAGAUUACGCUAAGCUACCCCAGGUGGACACUAUCCUCUACAGGGAUGGACAGCAGCCCCCCCUGCCCCUCUCGCCCUACCCCCAGCCCCUGUCCUCCCCCCACUCCCAUCUCCACCCUCUUCCUCCCCCCCUCCAGACCGCCUUCGUGCCCAUCCAGCCCCUACCUGAGUACAGCCCGUGCCCAGCUGACUACCCCUGCCCUGGCACUACCAGCCCUGAGCUGCAGAGGGUACUGGUGGGCCGGCAGAUGCCGUGUCAAGGUCAGGGGUUAGGACCAGGGAUGGUAGGGCAGCAUGCCCCAGACGGACUCAUGGUGGCUUCGCCCGCUCAGACGCUUACAGACACACUGGAUGACAUCAUGGCAGCAGCGGUGAGCAGCAGAGUACCCAUGUUAAACACUACGACGUCCCCCACCCCCCUGUCUGACCCCCUCUCACAGACCCCCUCCAACAUGGGCUCACCCCCCUCCCCACUGCCCCUCUACCCCUCUGUGGACAUCGACGCACACACGGAGAGUAAUCAUGACACAGCGCUGACGCUGGCAUGUGCUGGAGGACACGAGGAGCUGGUGUCUGUUCUCAUUGCACGAGGAGCCAACAUCGAGCACCGCGACAAGAAAGGGUUCACCCCUCUGAUCCUGGCUGCGACAGCGGGCCACGCAGGGGUGGUGGAGGUCCUUCUGGAUAAAGGGGGCGACAUAGAGGCCCAGUCAGAGAGAACCAAAGACACGCCCCUCUCCCUGGCCUGCUCAGGGGGACGACAAGAGGUGGUGGAGUUGUUGCUGUUGCGAGGAGCCAAUAAAGAGCAUCGUAACGUGUCAGACUACACUCCUUUGAGCCUGGCGGCGUCUGGAGGCUAUGUCAACAUCAUCAAGAUCCUCCUCAACGCCGGCUCAGAGAUCAACUCCAGGACGGGCAGUAAGCUGGGUAUCUCUCCCCUGAUGCUGGCAGCGAUGAACGGUCACGUACCAGCGGUCAAGCUGCUGCUGGACAUGGGCUCAGACAUCAACGCUCAGAUCGAGACCAACAGGAACACUGCUCUGACUCUGGCCUGCUUCCAGGGCCGCGCUGAGGUGGUCAGUCUGCUGCUGGACCGCAAGGCCAACGUAGAGCACAGAGCCAAGACUGGUCUGACCCCUCUGAUGGAGGCAGCGUCGGGGGGCUAUGCUGAGGUGGGCCGGGUGCUGCUGGAUAAAGGGGCUGACGUCAACGCCCCUCCUGUCCCCUCGUCCCGGGACACAGCCCUCACCAUCGCUGCAGACAAGGGCCACUACAAGUUCUGUGAGCUGCUCAUCAAUAGAGGGGCUCAUAUUGACGUGCGCAAUAAGAAAGGGAACACACCUCUGUGGCUGGCAGCCAACGGCGGCCAUUUUGAUGUGGUUCAGCUGCUGGUGCAGGCCGGGGCUGACGUAGAUGCUGCAGACAACCGCAAGAUCACACCGCUCAUGGCUGCCUUCCGCAAGGGUCAUGUAAAGGUGGUUCAGUACCUGGUAAAGGAGGUCAACCAGUUCCCCUCAGACAUUGAGUGUAUGAGGUACAUUGCCACCAUCGCUGACAAGGAGUUGUUGAAGAAGUGCCAUCAGUGCAUGGAGACCAUCGUCAAAGCCAAAGACCAGCAGGCUGCAGAGGCCAACAAGAACGCCAGCAUUCUCCUCAAGGAGCUGGACCUGGAGAAGUCCAGAGAGGAGAGCAAGAAGCAGGCCCUGGCCGCCAAGAGAGAGAAACGCAAGGAGAAACGCAAGAAGAAGAAGGAGGAGCAGAAGAGAAAGCAGGAGGAGGAGGAGGAGGAGGAAGAGGAGCAGAAGACUACCAAGGAGGAGGAUGAGGAGGAAGACGGUGAGAUGCAGAAGCAGGACGACUCCGCUGAGGAAGUGGACCCCCCCAUCGACCCCCCCAGUGCGACCACCACCACCACCAUCGGUAUCCCCGCCACCUUCAGCUGUGUGUUCGGCAAGAAGAGGGCCAGUGUUGCCACGACGACCAGUGCCAGCCGCAAAAGCAAGAAGAACAAGACCAAGGACUCGUCCCCCAGCGAACCAAUCAUAUGUCUGGACCCACAGCAGGUGGUGCUGGCACAGCACAAGGCCAACAAGAUCCAUGGGGAGCCACGGGGUGGUGGGGUGACAGGGGCGGGGGGCACCAGCGACUCAGACCCCCUGGACAGCACCGACUGUGCUAGUGAGAGUAGCAGCAGCGGGGGCAAGAGCCAGGAGCUCAACUUCCUCCCCGACCUCCCCUCUUCUUCCUCAUCCUCCUCUUCGUCCUCCUCCUCUUCGUCCUCGGGCCCCACUCAUAGCCUGCUGCCAGGCCCGGAGAAGAAACACUGUCUGCAGCUACACCCAGGCAACCAAGUCACCGUCUCCAUCUCUAAGCCUACACAUAAAGCUCCAGACAUGAGUGAGUUGACCCCCAGCAGCUCUGUACCGUCUCAGUUUAAGACCAUGUCUCUGUCCGUCACAUCCCCCAACAGCAAGAGCAUCACCAGCCCCAAGAGGGGACAGAAGAGAGAGGAGGGUUGGAAGGAGGUGGUGAGACGGUCUAAGAAGCUAUCGGUGCCGGCCUCGGUGGUGUCGAGGAUCAUGGGUAGAGGAGGCUGCAACAUCACAGCUAUACAGGACGUCACGGGAGCACACAUUGACGUGGACAAACAGAAAGACAAGAACGGAGAGAGAAUGAUCACCAUCAGAGGUGGCACGGAGUCGACACGCCACGCUGUCCAGCUGAUCAACUCUCUGAUCCAGGACCCAGCCAAGGAACUAGAGGACCUCAUCCCCAGGAACCACAUCAGGGCCCCGGGCUCCAAGAUCACCUCAGCCCCCUUCCCCACCCCCAUUGGGGCUAACCUUAACCUCAGCGUCGGGGCCAAGGCCCUGGGCUCCCUGGUCACGUCCUCUGGGGUCUCCUUCCAGUCCUCUUCCUCUCAGACAGGGGGUAAGAUGGGUAAGGGUCUGUCUGGGGUGAGACAGCCCUUCCCCGUGUCUCUCCCCCUGGCCUACGCCCAUCCCCAGCUGGCCCUCCUGGCCCAGACCAUGCAUCAGAUCAGACACCCCAUGCUGCCCAUGGCCCAGUUCGGUGGGACCUUUUCCCCUGCCACCAGCACGUGGGGCCCGUUCCCGGUGCGGCCGCUGAGUCCCGGUAGCGCCAACAGCUCCCCCAAACACAACGGUGGUAGUAGUGGUAACAACCAGCCCAGAGCCAACUUGUCUAGUCAUAAUGAUCACAAUAACACAUCAUCCACGGGGUCCUCUGUCUCCAGUCCUAGUGCUUCUAACUGUCAGACAGCUACUACUACAGGGUCACCCCACAACCCUACCCCCCCCCCUGGGGCCCAGCCCAGCACCCCCACACCCUCCUCAGUCAGGAAACAGCUGUUCACCUCUGACCCCAAGCACAUAGGGGUCAACUCUGUCGCCAUGGUUACCCCCACCACUGUCAGUAGUAGUAGUCACUCAGUGAGAGGUACAGGGUCUCCCGCCCACCAACACACGGGCUUAACGGCUACAAACGCCCCUAACCCUCUUCAACCCCAGGUCAUCCCCAUCUCUCAGCCCCCCAAGUCACCCCCCAGCGUCCCCACUGCUCCCCCAGGCAAGGAGAAGCUGACCCCCUCCCUCUCUCAGGAGGCCCUGUCCGUCUCAGUCAACAAUGUGGUUAGUUCAGGUGGUUUCACCGCCCCUGUCAUGGCUGCCCCCUCCAAACCUGAGCCCCGCCAGCAGCACCAACCCCCUCCUCUCCUCACCUCCUCAUCAUCAGACCCCCCUCCACCUCUCCUCCCUCUUCAGUCCAGCUCCCACCUCCCCCCAUCCUCCUCCACCCCCUCACACACACACCUCAACAGCGCCGUACCUCACUUCUCGGCUCCCGCUCCCCGUGUCUCACACCGCAUGCAGCCCCCGACAGGACCCUACUACCAACACCUCGACCAGCAUCAACAAACGUUCCUACCCCAUAACACACAGCAACAAACGUUCCUACCCCAUAACACACAGCAACAAACGUUCCUACCCCACAACACACAGCAACAACAUGAGCACCCCAAAAAGAAGCAGCCCCAGGCGUCCCAGCCGCCCUCCAUGCCCCCUCAGCCCCAGUCCUCCAUGGGUCUGAUGAACGGCUCUCAGAUGCAGCAGCAGGUCCAUGGUGGGGCCAAGCCCCAACAGAUGCCCCCUAACUUCGGCCCUGCAGCUCUCUUCAACCAUUUCAGCAGCAUGUUCGACAACAACAACCAGGUGGGUAACAACCAGGUGUGGGGUGCGUGCCACCUCCCUGCCCGCUCCCCUCCUGAGCAGCAGUAUUCUGCCCCCCCCGCCUACAUGGGACAGAUGGAUGGCAUGAUGGCCCCUCCUCCAGACAGCUCCAAGGCCCCUGGGUACCGCUCUGCCUCACAGAGGAUGGUCAACAGUCCUAUUGGUAAAAGAAAGCGACAUUUAGAUGUUAUUUUAUUUUUUAUAUUCAACUUUUUGACCUUACAUUCUAUAUGUCCCAAACUCUCUCCUUGUCUUACAGCUCUGAGUCUGACCAGCUAUGCUACCAGUAUGUCUGGUAGUCCAGUCUAUCUACACGGCCCAGCAGCUGUGGGCACCCCCUCCUUCAGCAGACAGCACUUCUCCCCUCACCCCUGGAGCGCUGCCACAUCAGGCGAGUCCCAGGCGGUGCCCCCUCCCUCCAAGGUGUCGUCGUCUGGCCCCGUGGCCCCCACUCCCCACCAGGCCAAGCAGGGCCAGGGCAGCAGCCAGCAGGACAGGAAGGUGCCUCCUCCCAUCGGUACAGAGAGGCUGGCGAGGAUCAGACAGACCACCGUCAACCCUCCUCUCCUCCAGACCUCCUACACCGCUCCUGUAGGACAGGGAGGCAUAUGGUCCUUCGGAGUCGGCAGCGCCUCAGAAGCCAUGUCAGGUUGGUCUCAGCCCCUGAUGGGCAGUCACAUGGUCCACCCUGGGCUGCAGGCGGACCACACCUUCUCCCAGUACCAGCCCAUGGAGCAGGACGACACCGGCAUCUCUAACCCCGCUAACUACCACCAGCAACACAUCAACCACCCCAACAACUACAUAGACUUCCCUAAGGGUAUGGCCAUGUCGAUGUAUGGAGGGACCAUACUGCCCCCCCACCCCCCUAUGGGGGAGAGUCCGGGGGGGGGCAUGUUCAACGGACUGCAUGCUGCUGACCCUGCAUGGAGCCCCAUCAUCAAGGUGGUCCCCAACAACGCAGACAACACCGACCCACAGCAGGUGUGGCCUGGUACCUGGGCUCCUCACGUGCACCUGAACCACGUCAACUAGCCGGCUGGCAUCGACAGAAAUCAAACGCACACACACCACAAACAUGAAUUUAAUUUCCAACUGACAACAAAAAUCAACAGAAUUGUAAAACAUGUUAACUUUAGUAGAGAACGAAGAGCAAAGCAGAGUUUGAAGAAAUGGAGAGAAAUUAUCUUUACACCGUUCUUUAAUGUGCCUAACUCAAAAUAAGAAAUAAAGAAAUAUACUACCAUUUCAGCGAUGGCUGUUGUGGAGUCGGGAGGGAAAACUCUGGGCCCUAGUUCUGUUUAAAGUCCUGUUGAUGUCUGAUGAAUAAACUGACAGCCUGUCCAACCGGCUCCAUGCUCUGUAGCUUAGAUUUAGGACUUCGACUCGCGUACAGAGUUCUCGUUCUCCUCAGGGGGAGAGCUGAUGAUGACGUAGCUAAUGAUACUCAGCCAACAACUAGAGGAUGAUGAUUACCUAAAGAGAGGAAGAAAUCAGAAUACCUUUUAGUGGUAAAUAUAUGUAUAAUUGUUUACAUACUAAAAAGGGUUAAAAUGAGAGUACAUUUCAUGUCGUAUAGUGGCUCUACUUUACGUAGCCUGUAUUAAUGUGAAAUAUUUACCUUAAUAUUCAAUAAACAUAUUGAAAUGUA